ACGCGGGGGUCGCCGGGAGCUGUAGUCCGUCCCGCCUGCUCAGUCAGCGCGGUGCUUCCCGCCCCGCACUCGGAGCCCAGAGCCGCCGCCCAGGGGGAUGCGGGAGCCCCUGGCUCAGGGGAGCGGAGAGGCAGGCGGGCAGGAGCCGAGGACGGCAUGUCCCAGGCCCCAGGAGCACGGCCGAGCCCGCCCUCCGUGUACCACGAAAGGCAACGCCUGGAGCUGUGUGCGGUCCACGCCCUCAACAACGUCCUGCAGCAGCAGCUCUUUAGCCAGGAGGCUGCUGAUGAGAUCUGCAAGAGGUUGGCCCCAGACUCCCGGCUGAACCCCCACCGCAGCCUCCUGGGCACCGGCAACUAUGAUGUCAAUGUGAUCAUGGCUGCCCUGCAGGGGCUGGGCCUGGCCGCUGUGUGGUGGGACAGGAGGAGACCCCUGUCCCAGCUGGCCCUGCCCCAGGUGCUGGGGCUGAUCCUGAACCUGCCCUCACCCGUGUCUCUGGGACUGCUGUCCCUGCCGCUGCGCCGGCGGCACUGGGUGGCUCUGCGCCAGGUGGAGGGCAUCUACUACAACCUGGACUCCAAGCUGCGGGCACCUGAAGCAUUGGGAGGCGAGGAUGGCGUCAGGGCUUUCCUAGCGGCUGCACUGGCCCAGGGCCUGUGCGAGGUGCUACUGGUGGUGACCAAGGAGGUGGAAGAGAAAGGAAGCUGGCUGCGGACAGACUGACCCCCCCAGCCGACUCUGUUGGCUGCCUGCCUAGCACGGUCCCUGCACGUCCACAUCCAGCUUCCGAGUGCUGGAGAAGGGCCUGCACUUCAUGGUCCCCUAGGAGGCUCCAGCCCCUUCCCCACACCCUGCUGCCCAAUGCCACUGCUGCCUCAAUAAAUCUGCUGAUUUGCUCCAG